UCCUGUAUUUUUCCCACUUUCUCCUCCUCCUCCAACCUCACCCUGGCUUUCAACCAUUGGCUGUAGUGCUGGUGUCCGGGGGCACCAAGGGACCGCUAUAUAACUAACCACCCCAUUCAAAGCCACUUCAGCAGGUAAUGAGCAGUCAGUCUCGGCGACAGCAUCCUUUCCCAGCUCAUGCACAUUAAAGAAAAUUCUGGGAUCCAACAUCUUUGGGGCCUCCAGACCAAGCCCAGCUGCCUAUCCAGAAAGAAGGAGCCAUUAGAGUGAAUGAAAUUAACCCAAGGAGCCUCUGAGUUCCUAAGGACGAGGAAGGAGAAGCCAAGACUCAAACAGACAUUCAUACUGCUGCAAGCAAAUGCACAUAGGAAUCUGGCUGGGGUUUGGUGUUCCAUCCUCAAUGGCUAGAAUCCCAACUUCUGUAGUACUAGCCAUUUGCCUGACUUGCCUCUUCUCAAGCGUCUGCAGUCAGACCCCGAGGAACGUCAAGGAGAGCACGAUUCCAUUGAAGGUUCUACACCAGGAGCAGGAUUACAGUCUUGUCCAAUCGAGCUUGUUCCAGGAUGUCAGAGCCUCCUCCAACCAGUCAAAUGACAUCCCUGGGAAUGCCCAGUCAGAGCUACCUCUGCCCACUAUGUGCAUAAAGCCUGCUGAAAUCAGACACAUCUUCAAGUACAUCAAUACCAUCGUGUCCUGCACCAUCUUCAUGGUGGGCAUCAUCGGCAACUCCACCCUGCUGAGGAUCAUUUACAAGAACAAAUGCAUGAGGAAUGGGCCCAAUGUCCUCAUUGCUAGCUUGGCUCUUGGGGACCUUCUCUACAUCCUCAUAGCUCUUCCCAUCAAUGUGUACAAGCUAUUGGCAGAAGACUGGCCAUUUGGCGUCCAGGUGUGCAAGCUGGUUCCAUUCAUUCAGAAGGCAUCUGUGGGCAUCACCGUCCUCAGCCUCUGUGCACUCAGCAUAGACAGGUACAGGGCGGUGGCCUCCUGGAGCCGGAUCCAAGGCAUAGGGAUCCCCAUGUGGAAGGCAGUCGAGGUGAUGCUGAUCUGGGCUGUGGCUAUCAUCCUGGCUGUCCCUGAAGCCAUUGCCUUCGACAUGGUGGAGCUGAACUAUCGUGAGCAGAUGCUCUGGGUCUGCAUGCUGUCCUCCGAACAGAACUCCAGAUUCACCCUGUUCUACAGGGAUGUGAAGGACUGGUGGCUUUUUGGCUUCUAUUUCUGCCUGCCUCUGGCAUGCACCGGUGUCUUCUACACCCUCAUGUCCUGCGAGAUGCUGAGCAAGAGGAACGGCAUGAGAAUUGCCUUCAAUGACCACAUGAAGCGGCGCCGGGAGGUUGCCAAGACAGUGUUCUGCCUGGUGGUGAUCUUCGCUCUCUGCUGGCUGCCUCUCCACCUGAGUAGGAUCCUGAAGAAGACCAUCUAUGACCAGACCGACCCCAACAGAUGUGAAUUGCUGAGUUUCCUCCUGGUGAUGGACUACUUUGGUAUCAACAUGGCCUCCCUGAAUUCCUGCAUCAAUCCCAUAGCUCUCUACUUCGUCAGCCGGAAAUUCAAGAACUGCUUUCAGUCCUGUCUGUGCUGCUGGUGCCAGAGACCAGCCUUGAGCAGCGCACCAACGGAUGAUAAGGGGUCUGUUGGGAAGUGGAAAGCCAACGGGCAGGAAUUGGGGCUGGACCGAAGCAGCUCCCACCUGAGUAAUAAGUACAGCUCUGCCUAAAGAACCAUAAAUCAAUUGGAGAGCUCACCGCAAGAGCUGAAAGGAGCCAUCCAUCCCACUCACAGUCAUUUCCUGGCUGGCUCUGAGUCACUUGCUUUCCUUUCACAGAUCCAUUGGAAAAAGCAGCAGCAUUUCACUUACCAUUGAACUAGUCACUGGCGGGGGCCUUGGAACCUCACUUCUCAUCUGUUCCUUUAUAAUCAUCUUUUUUGUUUUCCUCAAAGGACCUUUUGGGUUUUAAAUCCUGCUGGAGAAGCUGAGUAACCCAGUGCUAUCUGUCUCCAGACCACCAGAUUGGAGGGAGAGGGUGCUGUGAGUGAUGUCAUGUUUAAACUGACAAGGGACAUCACUGGUGGAGGUCAAUUCUGAUCCUACAAGCUGAUACAUUAAGAAGCUAAGGUGAAACCAAAGCAGCUGCAUCACAAGCCCAUAGCCUUCCCCUCUUUGCUGCUGGGACACAAUCACUGGGGGUGAAAUUCACCCUGGACAGCCAGCCAGCAGAAGUCCGAGGCUCCAUUUAAGCCCUGUUUAAGCCCAGAGGGUGCCUAGGAAUUGCGCUGCCCUCUGCCCAGGGGUGAAUUUCACCCUGCAUGUCUAUAGUGUAACAACACAGUGGUGUAUAUAGAAUAGAGCUGCUUAGGGGAUGUUAUAUUCUUAGUAGAAAUGGGGUUAAGAAAAUGUUCCUUUUUUGAAAUUGUAGCAUACAAAGAAAUGGGUUGCUGUAGCUUCUCCCUUCUCCUUUCCAGCAGCUCCUUCACAGUGAGAGCUGUCUGGUCAUGUUGGUGUUUGUAAAGGCAAGCACAGGAAUGGCAGCCUUGGCUAGAGUCAACAUGGCCUAAAACCAGGCACUGUUGGCUGUCAUCCACCACUCAACUCUGCCAACUUGUCCUUAAUUGCUAUCUGCAGCACCCCAUGUUGCUCCGGUCCCGGUCCUCUUCUGAACAGGAAAGAUCAACUCUGCUGGGGUUGUGCUAUGAACAGAUGCCAGCAAGCUCACUGCACAUGUCACCUAAGUUAGGAGAUGAAUUAGAAGUGAAAGGGAACCCUUGAUCACUACUGGGUCUGAGCAAUGCUGGCUCUGCAUACCUAGCUACAGGAACACUGUACCGCAUAAAUUCAUAGAGUCUAAGGCCAGAGAGGCCUGCUAGAUCAUCUGUCUAAUCUCCUAUAUAUCACAGGCCAGAAAAUGUCAUCCAGUUCCUCCUGGCUUGCCCCCAUUGAUUUGUGCUUGGCUUAAGCCUGUCUACCUGAAAGACCAGUCUUGAUCUGAAGGCUUCAAGAGAUAGCAAAGCCACCACUUCUCUUGGUAGUCCAUUCGUGUGAUUCACUAAGCUCAGGGACACAGUUCAGAGACCUCUAAGGAAACCCCAGGUGUUGCAAGAAGUGGUGCUGGAGACUCCUUAGGACGUACUGGUCCCUCUCUUGCAAUACUGAAACAAUGCUCCAGCAUGGUGCUGCUGGCACUGCCGUUUGGCAGACUAGCCAUAAACCCACAAUUCUGCCCACUCGUGGUGGUCUAUAGGCCCAUCGCUCUCCGUGCUAGCAUCAGAGCUGGGAGCCCUCAGGCACUGGGGCCAGAUUCCAGCAUAGGGCUUACGAGAGCUGCUCAGAAUAUGGUGAAGAGCCUUCACUGACAUAGUCGACCAGUUCAAACAGGCUUUCCCCCUAGAGCUUCCACAAAGGAACAAUCUGGCAUUUAUUCCAAUGAUGUCAUGAAAAUUUUUAUGGGGAAUUUUCAUGAGGGAAGGGGUCAGGUUUUCUCCUUUCUUUCCUUUUCUUUUUUUUGCCCCUUCGUCCCCUUUUCCAUUCUGCCACAAAAAAAAAGGGGUGGGGAGAGUAGGGAAAAAAAUGAAAAUAAAAAUCCUAGUUUUAUUUCA